AGUGCAAAAAUGAAAACACCCCGAACCAGAGUGUGUUAAUUAAUUCUCUUGUAAAACUUCUCUAAAAAAUAACAUAAAAAUAAUAUUAAACUGUUUUAAAUUGCUUUUAUACGAUUCUAUACUUGUCUUUGCCUUCAAUAAGUAUCAAUUUAUAUCGCCUAAACCUAGUUAACGCAUUAAAUUUAGCUAAAAUUUGUAUGCGGAAACGUGUUCUUGUGUGUCUCAUGAAAAAAAUCCCUGCGAAAAAUUUAUUUUAAAAUACUUAUAAGAAAAAGAAAAGUACCGACCGCGAUUUCGCAACCGUCUGUCUCAUUCUGUCCUUUAUUCAGCUGGUAUAAGUGAGUGUGUCUUGCAUUUUUUUCACCAAUUGGAAAUUCCGUGUGAUAGUGGGCCGCAGACAAGAUACACGGGUAAAUGCAUUUGCAAGAAAAAAACAAAUGCUAACGGGAAGUUAAUUUAUUAAUUAGAAAUUGGCAACUCAGAUUGCUGCACAAAGUUAACUUUAUUGUGUUAUAAUAAAAAAAAAAAUACAAAAGACUCAACAACUGUGAAGAACCUUAAGGAAGAGCAGAGGAAGAGAAAUACACGAAAGAACUAUGUUUUGGGACAAGGGCUACACACCGUCACAGAACAUUGAGGCGCUCUUGAAGAAGGAGAAUGUCACCGUGGAGGAGUUUUUGGAUGAAGAUGAUAUUCUACAAGAAUGCAAAUCUCAAAAGAAUAUUAUUAACUAUUUCACACGUCCAGAUGUAAUUAAACGGCUUGUAGAAUUGAUAACGACAGAACCAUCAGAAGACUUACCGCUUGCUCAACGAUUUAGACAUGCCAAUAUGGCCUGUGAGGUUUUGACUCUCGGCUUACCGUCCUUAAAUGCAAAACUUCUGUCAGAUAAUGACAUCCUACAUACACUGUAUUCAUAUCUUGAAAAUAAACCACCGCUGAAUCCCUUACUCUCUUCGUUUUUUAGUAAAACCUUUAGUAUGCUCUUCACAAAAAAUUUCUAUCAAGAUUGGUUUUUGUAUCAGAAAAUGUGCCUACAAUUAAUCGAAUACAUUAAGUCACAGGGAAAUUUCCUAGAAUUGAUUUUUCGGCAUUUCGCUACGCCAGUCAUACCAGAUUUGUUAAUGCAAAUGUUAAAUGAUGUCGAAGGAGGUGCCCUCAAGAAAAAUCUAUACGAAUGGCUCACCGAAGAGAGACUAGUGGAGAGACUGAUUGCAACCCUAGGCGAUGCCAAAGAAUCAGAUAAACAUGCCAACGCAGCGGAAUUCUUUUGUGAGCUAAUCACACAAGGACGUUCCAUGCGACAAACUGAACAGGAAAAUGAUUCUUUCGAGCCAGCAUUUGCCGGAAGUAAUCCCUUACUGCAAAUGAUCGAAAGUGAGGAAACCAUAACCAGUCUGUUAAAUGUAAUUUUGGAACCAAGCGUCAAUGAGCACGCAAUUAUAUCAGGAAUUUUGGUUGUACUUACUUUAGUUAAGCCAGUAGUGUUUGCCGAUGUUGCUGCAACAGAUCGUGCAAGAAUUAUGCAAGAAAGGGAGAAAGAUAACCAUGAUAACAUUAUUUCGACUGUGAUUCGUGUGGUUGGACCACGCCUCAAAGAAUUUAUUGAAAUUCUUCGAAACCCGCCUGUUAAACCUAAUAUGUUGAUAAAUGGAGCCAAAAUUCUGCCGCCAUUUGGCAGUACACGCCUGGAGAUAUGCCGACUUUUUACAGUAUUACUACAAACUGGAAACGAAGACAUCACGAAUGCAAUUUGUGAAACUGACUAUUUCAACACAAUACUCGCAUUGUUUAAGGAUUACUGUUGGAAUAAUUUCCUACACAGUGAAGUGGAAAAAUCUUUGCACAUAGUAUUCUCUCCGAGCCGAAGUAAUAACAAUAGCAGUAUCAAUAAUAACAAUAACAUCAGUACCCAAACAACAAAAGAUGGUUCCUUUCAAAACGAUGAUGAUCAAACGAUGACGGAUGAGAUUAAUAAAAGUCGAGUGAAUACAGAAGAGGGCGACAAUAAUGGGGGUGAAGCUGGUGAUUCAAAGACAACAAAAGAUCAAAAAAGUCCAUCCGCAUUGCAGACAUUUGUUAUAGUUAACAGUAAGAUAAUAUCAAAGCUCAUCGAUUGCUGGUUGCAUAAUAAUGAAAUGCAGAAAGCAGAAAAUGGACGUCGAUUAGGCUAUAUGGGUCAUUUAAUGAAAAUUUUUAAACAUAUUACCGCAUGUAUAUCAGAAUCAGAUCAUAUCGGUGCCUUAAUUGAAAGUAACUUAAGUGAUACUGAACUAGAACAGUGGCAGUUACUAGUCAAACCGGACGAUGGUGAAUUCACCAUGGCAUUAGCUGUACAAAAUCGCAUGUUGGCUAAUUGCAAUGCUCAAGAAUCGGUUGAUUAUAGUCAACAUUUGCCUAAAGAGUUUCUCACUGACGAUUUCACCACAGAGGUACUUAAUGACUUCACAGCAACACUAAACAAUUUAUACAUCAAUUUGGAUGAAGAUCCAAUGACUGAAAUAUUUGAGACGGAGGACGUGUACUUUGAUGCGUUUAUUGAUCAUCUUUUGAAUGCUUCUGAAACAAAGAAUCAAUCGUCGUUGCACUCCUUCAGUCAUUGGGAUGCCGGAUCUUCGUCCGGUGGAGGAGGAGGCGGUGGUAUCGAUCCACUUAUUGAUUUGUCUCUAAUUGGGCAAGAUGAAUCAGGAGAUUGCAAUGAACAGAAUUCAGCGCCGAUGGGUGGUUGGGCUGAUUUCCCAACGGACAAUUUUGCUGAUUUCGAUGCUCACUUCAGUGCAUUUAGCAAUGAUAUGGGUGAAAGUAUUAGCGAAGGAAAUAAUAAGGAAAUCCUAUCGUUCCCUAUGGAUGAUGCGCCCACCACCGUCCCCGCCGCUGUCAAUUUAUCAUCAUUUAUUCCUACGUCACUAUUGCUUACAAAGUCAGAUUUCGACAAUAAUGCCAAUGUCGAAAAGACAAAAUCAAUUGAUCCAUUUGAAGAAGACGACGCAGAGGCUAAUUUUGGUAGUAUGGAAAAUGAACAAAUGAACUCAAAUGAUUUUGAAGACGAUGCUUGGACGAGGACUAAAGACAAUGAAUCUGUCACAAAUGCGACUGUUUUAUCCAACGGUCCAACAGCUAUUCAGGACACAAAAGACAUUGAAGAACUUUCCAACCAACUUAAAAACUCCUCCAUCACCGAAAGCAGCUUAAUUUCAUCGACCUUAACAGCAACUGAAACAGAAACAACAGCAACAGAAAACCCCGCAUUACUGUCAACAUUCAACGAAGACAAAAACGACGAACAAUUAAAAAAUGCUUCAUCAGAAAACAUCACUCUAGAGAAGAACCCACCAUCAUCCACCAACGAAUCAUUGUGCCAGGAGAAUGACACCUCCACAAAUAUCAUCUUAGAUCAGGAAAGUAACACGAACAGCUCACCUGCCGCUACAGCCGCCGAAGAAAUCACGCCAGCUUUAUAAUUUUAAAAACAAACAACACAACACAACAAAACCCCCUCCAAAUCAAAAAGAGAAAAAUAAUAACAAACAAUAAUAAGAAUAACAGUAGUUCAUACAUACAUACAUUAUUAUAAUUAUUAUCAGUUAUAGGAUUUUUAAAUAGCAAGUAUACAUCUUACAAAAAACAAAAGAAACGUUAAUAUAAUUUUUAUUUUUGUUUUUAUCAAAUUUUUCUUUCUCUUAUUUCAUUAAUUAUUGUUCUCUUUUUUUUGUUUUAUUUUGUUGUUUAUCUUUUUGUUUAUUUUCAUAUCAUUAAAUAAAAAACAAACUAUACUAAAAAAAAAAAACAAAUCCUAUAGUAAUUAACUAAAUCAAACCUCAAACCAAAAUCCCGCCCAUUAAAACGAUUUCAGAAUAAUUAAAAACAAAAAAACAAACAAAUUGCUCAGCAGGCCAGAAGUUUACCUUCUUAAAAAAAUAAAAAAAAAUCAUCAAUUUUUUAUUUCUUUAUUUAAUUUUUUUUAUUAGAGCUAGAUAGCAUGCAGCUUCUAUUUUAUAUUUUGUUUUCUUUUUGUAUUUUAUAUAGCAAUAUACACACUAAAAUGGCACAAGUUUUUUUUAAGUAUCUUAUCUAUCUCUGAAAUAUCUGUGAUAUUAAAUGAAGUUGCAGGGUAUUAAGAAGAAAAUAUAAAAAAAAUCAUUAAAAAAAAAAUAAAACAAAGAUAGAUUUUAAAUUUGCUUCAUUGCACACACUCACACACACACAACAUACAUAAUCUUUGAAUAAUAUUUUCAAUUAUUAAAAAAAAAAAACAAUAGAAAUAUAAAUUCAAAAAACAAAACAUGAUUACGAAUUAAAAUAACAAAAAAAAAAAAAAAACAUGCUGCAGCAGAUAGACCACAGAAAAGCAAUAUUAUUAAAAAUUGAAAAUAAUAUAAAAUGUAUCCCCCAGCAAUUAAUAAUACAAACGAAAUAAGAAAACUAAAAGCAAAUUAAAGUUAAAAACAAAACAAAAUUAUAAAUAGCUACAUAUACAUUUUAAAACAAAACAAAAAAAAAAUAAUAAA